GCAAACCCCUCCUCCAAAGCACGAGGGAUGACGCUGGCGACGCUGGUUGGUGUGGCUGUGUUCGUGGCGCUGGCGUGUGGCACGCUCGCGGUGCCGCAGCAGCAGCACAGCGGCAGUGCUCGUCGGCACAAGCACGUUGGUGCCAUGAACCAGGGUCUGCUUCACGUCAUGCGCAAGCAAGGCCACGACACUUCUGACAUCUUCACGCCAGUGUCUGCCGACGUCAAGUGGUUCACGCAGAAGGUUGACCACUUCAACCCACAGGACACCCGCACGUUCCAGCAGCAGUACCAGGUCAACGCCACGUACCACAAGCAGGGAGGCCCCGUCUUCCUGAUGCUGGGCGGCGAGGGCCCCGCGUCCCCGCGCUGGCUUGAGAUUGACACGGCCAUCAUGAUCUACGCCCGCCAGCACGACGCCGUCGUCGUCCAACUCGAGCACAGGUUCUACGGCAAGUCGCAGCCGUUCAAGGAUCUCUCUACCGACCAUCUGCAGUACCUCAGCAGCGAGCAGGCGCUCGCUGAUGCCGCCAACUUCCUGACCAGCUUCAUGCCCGGUGCACCCGCCGUUGUCUUUGGCGGCUCGUACUCUGGCGCCCUCGCAGCGUUCUUCCGCUCAAAGUACCCGCAUCUUGUGAAUGGCGCCAUCUCCACAUCCUCCCCCGUGUAUGCACUCGUUGACUUCCACCAGUACCACGAGGUGGUCCGGAACAGCCUCGCCACAGUGCCCCACAACGGCUCACACUGCUCAGCUGCGAUUGCGACUGCGACGGAGAAGAUCCAGACGAUGCUGAAGACGACAAACGGGCGGAAGCAGCUGGCAAAGGACUUCAACUUGUGCGGUGACAGCGACGUCACGCAUGAUGAUGACAUUGAGACACUCUUCACCAACCUUGCAGGCAACAUCGACGGUGUUGUGCAGUACAACCUGGACAACAACCACUUUGAGGGCCGCACGAAGGUGCCCACCAUCACGGACGUGUGUGCGGUGAUGGCUGCCACGCCAAACGACCCCUACGCCGCAUACGCCAACCUUCAAAAGUACUUGACUGGCGGGGAGUGCAUCGAGACGUCGUACGCGAACAUGAUCGCGGAGAUGAAGAACACAUCGCUCUCGUCGGAUGUCGCCGGCGGUAUGCGCCAGUGGAUCUACCAGACGUGCGUUGAGUUUGGGUUCUACCAGACGAGUGAAGGCAACGACAAGCCCUUCCUCAACACCAUCUCGCUCAAGUACAACCUCGACCAGUGCUCCGAUAUCUACGGUGUCCCCGGCCCAAACGUCAACUGGACAAACGCAAACUACGGCGGCUAUGAUGUGGCUGGCACGAACAUUGUGUAUGUCAACGGGUUGAUUGAUCCCUGGCACGCCCUCAGCCGCACAGACACCGCUCUCCCCGAUGGCUGCGACGCAAUUGUCAUUCCGCAAACGGCGCACUGUGCGAACAUGUACCCACCCAGCCCCGAUGAUCCGCCAGCACUCACGCGCGCACGCGAGACCAUCUCCAGCUACCUCGGCGUGUGGACGGGCGGCAACUGAACGCAUGUGCACAACGGCACACGCACCAGCCACGCGUCGCCCUGUAUGGCUUUCCUUCCUUUACUGUUGCGAUGCUGGUUGUUUCCCAUACACUCUUGCGCCAUA